AUGGCUAUUUCGAACUUUUUAAAUCCUAUCGACGAGCAAAUCAACAAUACAGAAGUUACAACAGAUGAGGAGGGUAUACUACAGGAGAUUUUGGAUGAGCACCUUAGUGAUCCUACUCAAAAUGAUGAGCAAGAAGAGGAGCCUAAGACUAACGAGGCUAUUAUUCAGCCUCUGAUGCUUGCAAUGCCCUUAAACAUUUAG